GCAGGGCCCGCGAGGAGGAGUCUCGCGGCGACGCUGAGCGUGAGGCCCGUGAGGAAUCGCGUGCCGCCCGUGAUCGCAGGGCCCCGUGAGGAGGCGUCUCGCGGCGACGCUGAGCGUGAGGCCCGUGAGGAAUCGCGUGCUGCCCGUGAUCGCAGGGCCCGUGAGGAUGCGUCUCGCGGCGACGCUGAGCGUGAGGCCCGUGAGGAAUCCCGCGCUGCCCGUGAUCGCAGGGCCCGCGAGGAUGAGUCUCGUGGCGACGCUGAGCGUGAGGCCCGUGAGGAAUCCCGCGCUGCCCGUGAUCGCAGGGCCCGCGAGGAUGAGUCUCGCGGCGACGCUGAGCGUGAGGUCCGUGAGGAAUCGCGCAGGCGCCGAGCGGCCAGGGAGGAGGCUCAUACGGGCCUCGACGAUGAAGGUGAGAGCCUGAGGCGGCUGACGAGUCGUUUGGACGCCUUGGAGCAGAAGCUGAGGAAGGUCGGUGCUGCGGCGGCCGCCUCGUCACAACAGGCGAGUGGUGCCCAUGGGCGCUCGUCCGUGUCUCCGACGGAGGUUGUGGAUGAGCAGGCACGGGAGGACCUGGAGGAGCUUGAGCGGUUUGUCACGCGACGCUUCAAGGAGCUGGAAAAGGCAGUGUCAAAGUUCCGUGACGCCGCUCCAGCCGCCGUUGCUGCUCCCAUGAGAGUUGGCGGCCAUUCCACGGGAAGAUCCGAGCGAUCACCUGCUGGGCGUGCUGCGCCGUCGCCCGAGAGUGGCGCCACGGGCGCGAAGCGGAGUUCUGAGGCCGCUGGCGCCAAACACGACACCGCCGGCGCAAGCGACGCGAGGCAGCGGGAGGAGCGGAGGGCGCCCGCGGGGGCCGGCGCAGUGGAUCAGGUGGCCCGUGGAGAUGCCGGCGCCGCGCUGGAGCAGGUGGGUCACCUCGAGAAGUUUGUGACGAGGAAACUCAAAGAGUUGUCGUUGGCCAUUGGGAAGGAGCUGGGUCCUUUUUCUGUGCGUCCCUCUGGCGAAACCGAGUACCCCACCGCCAUGGAGCAAAAGCCUCAGGGGCCGCUGGUGGAUCAGAUGGCCCGCGAUGAUGCUGCCCGCUCAAUUGAGGCGGUCCACGAGCUUGAGGAGGAGUGGGGGAGACGCUGGCACUCAUUGGAGGAGCGGCUGCGGAUCAUUGGUCGGGCCUCAAUAGGCAAGGGAACGCUGCCGCCCACCGCCGCCGCAUCUUCAAUUGACAGAAAGGCCCGGGAGGACGCCUCCAUGUCACUUAUGCGCAUACAACAGCUGGAGCGGGAAAUAAUGGGAUUUAGGCGACUGCUUCAGAAGCAUGAGCUCACAACGUCUUCCGACGAGUUUGCGCCUUCGGAUACGCGACUACCUAGCGGUGCCGUGUUUCCCGUGCCACCAAAGGUCCCGCGUCAGGCAGCCUUUCCCCCUGCAGGAAAAGCCGCCGAUGACGCCCCAGGCAGUCAUGAUGCGGAAUAUCAGACACGCAUGCAGAAUUUGGAGCAGGAGGUAGAGCAGCGCAUGCAGGAAGUGAACCGGGCCCUUGCCACGCUACGUACAACGCAGUCUGGGCUUCCACCCGGCAACCUCCUGGGGGAGGGGGUUGCUGUUAGGGGGGAACCCGCGUCGGUUCCAGGUCAAGUUGUGUUCAACUCAAGAGACACAGACGGUUAUUACAUGGUAGAAUCUGCUGAGCCCUUCCAUGGUUCCCCCACAACGCAAAAAUCCAUGCUGGUGAUGACGUCGCAUGAGGAUGCAGACGUGGGAAACCUCUUUGGUGGCGUGGCGCCGGUGCAGGGCGCUGCGAUUGUGCUGCGCUCUCCACAACUGGGCGGCCUUGGAGUCCCACUAGUGAAGCGUGAGCUGCCAGGCGGCACGGCAGCGGCUUCUCACUCCGUACUGCGCACUGACGAGGCGCCGGCGCGCCAAAUGGGGAGAUCAUAUGGCGCUGCAACUGAGCUGCCCCCGCCACGCGAGGACUCAGUUGCACAGUCCACUCUGCAUGAUGAGGGGGGCCUGCGUGUCGCGGAGGCCGCGAGCGGCGCCGCGGCCGCAACCCUCACGAGUCCCACCCCGGUCUCUACCCCCACCACUGCCCCCACCACGAAGAACCCCAACGCCAGGCUUCCGGCGGGUGACGGCGGGUGGGUGUCGCCGAGGGACCGCACCGGGGAACUCGAUCUGCUGCGGUCCCAUAGCACGCGUCUGCGCAGCACGGCCGUGAGUCCCCGUGUGAAGAUGGAAGAGGGUUUCUUGGAGGAGCAAAGCGCACUAGGGCACACGACGCCAUGUGUAGUGUACAACUGCGCCUGGUGCGCCGCACAGAAGCGGAAGGCGUCCGCGCGGACGGCGCGGCCAGUGCCCUAG